CUGAAGCUGACGAUCUUCCGCGCGUCGGACAUUCGCGUCGCGGACCUGCUGUCGAGCGACCCCUACGUGCGCGUCGAGUGCAACGGGCGGACGUUCCGCACGCGCGUGAAGCGGCAGACGCUCAACCCGGAGUACAACGAGACCUUCGAGGUCGACGUGUCGGACCCGGCGGAGGUGCUGCGCAUCUCGCUCUGGGACUGGGACCGGCUGAGCGCCGACGACUUUUUGGGCGACGUGCUCGUGCAGUUGGGC